CAUCGCAUUUCCUGCCGGCCAAGUUGCAAAACUCGUCGGAGGCUCGAUGCAGGGGAUCCUGGACUCCCGCGCGGGGGCCCGAGUUUGUGCAAUCCGGAGGGCUCGAGGAAGCUUUAAGAUGUUGUGGUUCCUAGUGGUGCUGUUGGGCGCAGGAACGGAAGCAGUAACUCCUGGAAUAAAAGCAAAGAUGACCCUGAAGGGCUUGGACUAUGGGAAGCAGGUCGGGGCGGAGUUUCUGAAGUCGGCUCUGCUGCGGCUGCCCAUCCCAGACUUCAAGGGCUCCCGUGCAGUCCCCGUUGUGGGCCAUGUGAAGUACACAGUGACAGGGUUACAGGUUGAUACUAUAAAUCUGGGGGAGUCUCUGGUUGCAUUUGCUCCCAGCUCAAGGCUCAAACUGUCCAUGGGACCCGCAGAGGCCCAACUCAACGGUCACUGGUCUGUGAAGGCAUCAUUAAUCAGACAUGACAGUGGAACCCUCAAGCUGAGUGUGGGGGACAUGAUGUUGGCCGUGCUAGUAGAAGUAGGCUGGGAUGGUGCUGGACGUCUGGUCGUGAGCCCUGCAGGCUGUAGCUGCCACAUUGGGCACUUUGGUGUCACCUUCCAUGGAGGGUCCAGCUGGCUCUUUAAGAUCUUCGCUGGAGCCCUGGAGGAUUCCAUCCGACGGGAAUUGGGCAGCAAGCUGUGUGAAGAGAUUGGCAAUGCAGUGGGAGCUCUGGAACGAGUAUUGCAGACCAUCCCAGAAUCCAGCCACAUAAGCCCCAUUGCAGACUUGAACUAUUCUCUGGUGGCAGCACCACUGAUUACAAAUCAAAGCAUUGAGCUGGACUUGAAGGGUGAAUUUUACACUCAGGCCGGCCGCAAGGAAACCCCAGUGCCCCCCACUCCAUUCUCGCUCUGGGAACAGAAUGACUUCAUGUUGCUCUUGGGUGUCUCCGACUUCGUGGCCAACUCGGCGGCCUUAGUUUACUAUGAGGCUGAGGCUCUGUCCUGGAACCUCACGCAGAGCAAGAUCCCCAAGACAUUUCCCAUCCAUCUCAACACGGAGAGCUUCAAAGGCUUUGUGCCUGUGCUCCAGAAGCAAUUUCCAGACACACCUAUGGCCCUGAAGAUCUUUGCUCGACUUCCCCCCAGCCUCCAGACUCAGCCAGGGACUUUGCAAUUUCUGUUACCUGGGGCAGUGCAGGCCUUCGUUCUGCCCAAUGGAACUUCAGCUGUACCAGUCUUCCUAUUGCAUGCUGAUACCAAAGCCUCAGCCCAAGUCUUUACUUCCGGAAAGAAAAUUGGGGCCUCCCUGAAACUGACUAACUUCAGCCUGACCCUGGCUCAUUCAGAUGUGGGGCCCUUCCCGGUGGACAAACUGGAGACUUUGCUGAACAUUGCCCUGAAGUCAGCCAUAGUGCCUAGGAUCAACAGAAAACUCAAGGAAGGCUUCCCUCUGCCCACUCUGCACAAGACCAGCUUUCAAGAUACGCUCAUCAGCAUCCAAAAGGGCUUUUUGGUCAUUGCCACCGAUGUCCAGUAUGGAGCCUGAACCAGGUCUGCUGCCUGCUCUGGAAGACCCUUCCUCAAGUGGCCCCAACCUGUGCCUCUAUGCAAGUUGGGCUGUCCCUGGCCCCCUUCCUCUUUUGUAGGGUGUCUGCUUCCUACAGAAGCCAGCUUUCAGGGCUGGAGGUAGAAGAGGGUGUGGGGGCCUCAGGCUCUACUCCAGGCAGUUCCUUAUUGGGAGUUCAUGCCCUUAGUUAUCUAUCACUGCUGUUCUUGGGAAUAAAUAUCUCACUAAA